UCGUCCGGGUCCAUUCGCCGUGCACACCAUCUUCGAUCGUCUUCCCAUCACUCAAAUCAGUCAAACAAUACUCGUCACACUGUCCCACACAAAAACUAACCUCACACCGACACAGCAACAACAACAGUAACACGCGUAAACAAAGCAAAAAUCCUCGUAAAUUACCGAGCGCCGCGCCGAGUCGUCGAGCAACCGGCACGACUCGCGGCGCUCGUUACUCCAGUGCUGCCGCCCUGUCGGCGCAGCGGUCGAACUACGGCCACCGCCGCCGCAGAAAAUCAUGUGUUCGCUGGUUGGCCUCAGUAUGACGCGGCCUCUGCUUACGCGCGGUUGCCCCCUGGCAGGAACGACGUCGUCGACGAGGACGACCUGCAAAAGACAGAGAGAGAGAGAGAGAGAGAGAGACACACGCGCGCAAUACACAGUAUACACAUUACCGAGCGUGCGUUUCAUAUACAUACCCGCGCGGAAAGAGAUUUCACGCGUGUGCGCAUAUAAGUACUGCCAGAGUGUGCUGCUGGUAAAUAACACGAGACGCGUCGUCGGGCCUCCGCAAAGAGCAGAUCCACAAAGAGGGGAAAAGUAGUGUGCGAGAGCGCGAGAGAGAGAGAGAGAGAAAGAGAGAGAGAGAGAGUGUCGUCUAUAACCUCGUCGCGAGUGUGCUGGCCGAUUUCCGAGACGAGCCGCUAAGCUGCAUCCUCUCCGCCGGUGGUGUUGGUGUGCGCGCCGCGGCUUAUCGCAGCGCAGACAGCGUAUACGGCUCGCACUCUGCGCCGAGAGGAAAACAGAAAGAGAGUGCGAGAGACGACGACGGCGAAGACGUCCUUCUCGUUUUCCGCCGCGCGCGCGCGCGCAGGUGAAAAAUAUAAGAGAGCCAUCGCGAGUGUGUAUAAUAUACGCGGCCACAGUGUGAUUUGAUUGUUCAUCAUUAUACCGAGAGUAUACAGUGUGCAGUGUUCAGUUGCGUGCAGAUGUGAUAUCGUUGAUGUACGAGGCUAGUUACGCAGAGCCCGAGGGAGAGAGAGAAGAUAUUAUACAUUAGUCAGAUAAGAGAGGCGAGAAUAUACGAAUAUAGUAGCCGUGUAGAGAGAGAGAGAGAGCAUCAGCACGACGACGACGACGAAUGAGUGGAUCGACGGCGGCGUUAUUACCAUGCUGGACACGGACACGAGUCCCAGGUGGCUGUUUGUAGUUGAUACUGAAGCAAAGAAGAAAUCUGGUUGUCGGCAGCAUGGUAGAGAAAUAGCCCAUUCGGAAUUGCAAUAUUCUUGCUGAAGUUAACCUGCCAUGUUGUUUAGGUGAGGAGAGGAAGGAGGCGCUGACCGGUGGCGGCGGCGGCCAUGCGCCCCGGCCCGCCGAGCACGAGCCGCCGCAGGCCUCCCCGUCGCCAGCAGCAACAUCAACCACCACAAGAACAACAACAAGAGCCGCAACCACGCCAACAUCCUCAUCGUAUCCAUCAGACAUCAUUGCACCGGCCGACUCGUCUUUACCGACCGUCGGUAGGGUCGUCACGCCAGCAGCAGCAGCGCCACCGCUGCGGUGUUCUCGGCGUAAUAUUGCUGCUGCUGCUGGCCACGUGUCCCGGUCGAGCCGAACCACCGUCCAGUGGGCAAGAUGUCACGAGUAGUAGUCUACCGGUGCAACGUCAGCCGAGGAAGCCGCAGAAUCUCACCAUUGGUUACCUCACCGCGAUCAAAGGCGAACUCAAGGACAGGCAGGGACUCGCCAUCUCCGGCGCGUUCUCCAUGGCCCUUGACGAGAUCAACAACGAUCCGAACAUUCUGCCGGACGUGAAGCUGGUGAUGCGAUGGAACGACACGCGGGGCGAAACGGUCGAGGCCACCAAGGCGAUGGUCGACAUGAUCUGCGAGGGAGUCGCGGCUUUUUUUGGGCCCGAAGGCUCCUGCUACGUCGAAGCCAUAGUCGCACAGUCCCGCAACAUACCCAUGAUCAGUUACAAAUGCUCGGACUACAAGGCGUCGAACGUCAACACAUUCGCCCGCACGGAGCCGCCGGACACCCAGGUGACCAAGUCGGUGAUCGCUCUGCUGCUGCACUACAACUGGAACAAGUUCAGCAUCAUAGCCGAGAAGCCCUGGUCGACCGUCGCGAAAUCCCUGCAGAACCAGGCCGCCUACAACAACCUGACCAUCAACCACUUCCUCAGCGUCGAGGACAGGCACGUCUGCUGCGAGGACAGACUGCCUUGUUGUCAGGGCGGCGGCUGGUUCCCCAUCAUCCAGGACACCAAGAACAUGACGCGUAUUUACAUAUUCCUCGGGACGCCGAUAUCGUUGAUCGAGUUCAUGAACGCCAUGCAGAAUCAAAGGCUACUCGACAACGGCCAGUACAUGGUGAUCUACGUGGACAUGAUGACCUACACGCCGAAGGAAGCAAUGAAGUACUUAUGGAAACCCGAGCACUACGACAACCUGCGAGAUUGUCAAGACCCAAAGGACAAGGACUUUCUCAAGCGAGCGCGAUCCCUCAUGGUCGUGGCGUCGACUCCACCGACGCAGAACUACGAGGAGUUCACGCAGAAGGUGCGAGACUACAGCAGCAAGGAGCCCUUCAACUUUCCCGUCCCCGAGAGAUUCCUCCUCGACAAAUUCGAAAAGUACGUUUCGAUUUACGCGGCCUACCUGUACGAUUCGGUGAAGCUGUACGCCAGGGCUCUGGACCAGCUCCUGCGCGACUAUCCGGAUCAACCGCUGGAGGAGAUCGCGAGCAACGGCACGCUGAUCAUCGAAACGAUCAUCAAAAAUCACACGUAUCAGAGUAUCAGCGGAGCGACGAUCAAGCUCGACAGCCACGGAGACUCGGAGGGUAACUUCUCGGUGCUGGCUCUGCAGAAGGAGCCGCUGCACAUCCAAAAUUUCUCCUGCGACUUCCAGAUGAAGCCGGUCGGCCAGUUCCAGCAGGGCGACAAUCUGGCUUACCGGCCGUCGGAGGCGGUGGACUGGCCCGGCAAGAACAAGCCCGAGGCCGAGCCCGGCUGCGGUUUCCUGAACGAGCACUGUCCCAAGGACGACACUCACAUGCGCAGCAUCGUAGCCGCCGGCGUCCUUGCGGUGCUUCUCUUCUGCGCGGCUGUCAUCACCAUGAGCAUCUACCGGAGGUGGAAGAUCGAGCAGGAAAUCGAGGGACUGCUCUGGAAGAUCGACCCCAGCGAGAUACACGGCUAUCCGCAUCUCGACAACAUGAUGUCCUCUCCUAGUAAGUUAAGUUUAGUUAGCGCAAUGUCGUACGAGUCGAGAUGCGGAGGCCAGGUGUUCGCUCAAACCGGGCAUUACCACGGGGUCGUGGUGCGUAUUAAGGAGCUCAAGUUCUCCAAGAAGAAGGACAUAUCGAGGGACGUCAUGAAGGAAAUGCGAAUACUUCGCGAAAUCAGACACGGUAAUCUCAACUCAUUCAUCGGUGCCUGCGUCGAGCCAAUGAGGAUACUACUAAUUACCGAUUAUUGUGCCAAAGGAAGUCUUUACGACAUCAUUGAAAACGAAGAUAUAAAGUUAGAUGAUAUGUUCAUUGCGUCUUUAAUUCAUGAUCUCAUUAAGGGGAUGUUGUAUAUUCACGAGUCAUCCGUACUAGUCUGUCAUGGUAAUCUCAAGUCUUCGAAUUGCGUGGUGACCUCCCGCUGGGUACUUCAAGUUUCUGAUUUUGGCCUUCAUGAUAUGCGCCACUGUGCUGAAUCCGAUAGCAUUGGUGAACAUCAGUAUUAUCGAAAUUUGUUUUGGAAAGCACCAGAGUUAUUGAGAAAUCUUCAUGCUCCGAUAAGAGGAACGCAGGAGGGAGACAUAUAUUCUUUUGCGAUAAUCUUAUUUGAAAUAAUCGGAAGAAAGGGGCCUUAUGGAGGUGUUAAUUUAGAACCCAAAGAAAUCAUAGACCGAGUGAAGAGGUAUCCGGAGGACGGGGAGCCACCGUUCAGGCCGAACGUGGACAUACUUUCGGAAUCCGAGGCGGACUGUGCCGAUUAUAUCGUGAAUACGAUAACCGACUGUUGGGCAGAGAGUCCGGAGCUGAGGCCCGACUUCAAGACAAUCAGAACGAGAUUGAAGAAAAUGAAGGCGGGCAAGCACCGUAACAUAAUGGACCAAAUGAUGGACAUGAUGGAAAAGUACGCUAACAACCUCGAAGAUCUAGUCAGCGAGCGAACGCGCCUUCUCUUCGAGGAAAAGCAAAAGACAGAGGACCUACUUCAUAGAAUGUUACCUGAACCCGUUGCCAAUUGCCUAACAAACGGCAUUGGCGUGGAGCCCGAAGCCUUCGACCUGGUCACUAUUUACUUCAGCGAUAUUGUUGGUUUUACAGCAAUGUCAGCCGAGAGUACACCGUUUCAGGUCGUCAAUUUCCUCAAUGACCUGUAUACUCUGUUCGAUCGUAUCAUAAAAGGAUACGACGUGUAUAAAGUAGAAACGAUAGGAGAUGCUUACAUGGUGGUUUCUGGGCUACCGAUCAAAAACGGCAACAGGCAUGCCGGAGAAAUCGCGUCUAUGUCUCUGGAACUGCUGAACGCCGUGAAACAUCACACGAUAGCUCAUCGUCCAUCUGAAACGCUUAAACUUAGGAUUGGAAUUCACACUGGCCCGGUCGUAGCGGGAGUAGUAGGUUUAACCAUGCCGAGGUACUGUUUAUUCGGCGACACGGUCAAUACGGCAUCGCGAAUGGAGUCGAAUGGGGAACCAUUGAGGAUACACAUAAGUGCGCAAUGCAAAGAUGCGCUGGAUAAAAUUGGUGGUUACGUAAUCGAAGAGCGAGGAUUAGUACAAAUGAAAGGAAAAGGCGAAGUCAAGACUUACUGGUUGACUGGAGCAACCGAGAAAGCUAUACAAAAGAGAGAGGUCGACGUGAAUGACCUACCACCGCUGUUCUGUCGUCCGCGGCGCAGUCCUAAGUUGAACCCGGAUUCACGCCAAGCCUCACUGUUGGGCGGCCUGGGUGCAGGUAGUCGUCGACAGUCCAGUGUACCUAGACCCACACCUUCGGAUAACGCGGAUUCGGCCUCGCAGUGCGGUAACUCCAGUCCUCUGCAAGCCAGACCAGCCUUAACUGCACGAAAACUCGAACGCUCGCCGCUUUACCUCACAGAGAGCUCCUCUAAGAUGACGCUCGAUAACAUGGCCAUGGUGCGCGAGGAAGCCGAGACUCGUGCGGCUAACAUCAAGCUCGUCCUCGACGAUCUCUUUCCUAAUAAUUCGGACAGACAUCCAGUACUAGCUGGAAAUGGAUUACCAUCUUUGCAACCAAGCGGUGCCAAAUUCCGGAAAAACGCGCGAGUGCUGUCGACAAUAGCGGCCUCCUCGACCUCCACGAGUGACCAUCCAGGUCAACCAGCUGCGCAGUGUAAAGCUCUAGCUUUGCGAGAAUCCAGAUCGUUGGAUCCAUUCCCGGUUGAUAUGUUGAACUUAAACUCGCGUAAACUGGAGCCCACUCAGCUUCUGACCUGGAAGCUACAGCCAAGAAAGUCGAGUUUUCGCUCGCUGGAGAACUGCGACAAGUGUCCGACAUCGCGUCAGGGUUCCAAGACCAGCCUCGCGAACGAGAAGCUGCUUAAUAAUAACUACCCCAACGGCAACGUCAUUAUUGUGCCCGCACAGAGCAACGGGGACGAUCAACGAGCCAACUCCAAUAUCACGAGUCAUCAGCAGUCGCAUCAACAGCAGUUGGUGCCAUUCCAGCAUAACGAUCAAGACGCUGCGGAAACGCCACUUCUGCUAGGCGAGAACUGCCUACUGUCGUCCGGCGAGCUAUCGAUGCCCGUCAAACGAUGGCGUUCCCUCGAUCAGGUCGCCGCACCGGACAACGGCAGCAGCGGAGGCGGUUGCGUAGCGGUCGGUGGCGGCCUGGCCGACAAGAAGAGUUCCGCCAGGAACUCGAUACGAAGCUGGCUAGCAAAUCUCUUUAACGGCAACGGACUGCGAAGUAGUGACGCAUCCCUCAGGCGUGGCGUCAUCCCCGGUUACGACAUGCAGUCCGAGAGGGAGAGCAUCGUCUGAGACUCUGGCAGUUAACAUACAUUUUUUUUACUCGAGCAUGGCUUCGGCGUUGUUUUGUUAUUGUUCAUAUUGGAUGGUAUAGCUCUUACUGUGAUAAGAGUCACGAGCGAUAUUGUUUAUUGUUUUUUUUUUUUCGUUAAAGGAUUUACUCUGGAUAUUUUUCUUUUUGUAAAUUUUGUAGGCGAUUUUGAAGGGACGGAUAUUGCAAUCAUGAAGAUGUAAUAUAGAAUUAUUGGUGACGAAACGCAUUUUUAAACUUUACGAAAUCGUCUAGCUCCAUACAGAAUCGUUGGGGAUAAUUAUUUGAUCGAAAAAUAAAAGGUUGUUUUUAUAUGUUUAUAUGUUUUUUUGUAUGAAUUCAGCGAGAAAUACAUUUUUUGAUUAAAUGAUUUCCGACGUUUCUCCGAAAGAGUAGACGAUUUUACGCUUGGUAGAAUUUGUACAAAUGAAUAAAACAUAAGUGAAAGCUUAUCGUUGUUAGGUAGGACUGCGUGGAAAGUCAGAUUAUUGCAAUACCCCUGACAAUCAAUCAAGCAACAAAUAAGAUAACAUAUUUUUCGUUUCGUUUUUGCUGAAGGUUUAUUACUCAAAUAAAAUUUCGAAAAUGUGCACAGAUUGACUUAGCCACACUCUAACUGAUUUCAUUUUAAUCAUUGAGAAUUGAGUAUGAUCGUCAUCAAAAAUUGAAUCGAGAACUCUGUUAAAGUUUUUAUUGUAAAUGACUUUAUUUUGUAACCAGGGUAGAUCCAUCCCAUACUUACUAGGAAAAUAUAUUUUUCAAAAAUAACUCCGUUUAUAAAGAAAUUCAUAGUAAGCUAUAGUAUAUAAUAUCAACAGCAACGAAAUCAAAUUUUAAGAUAGUUUCUAAUAAAAACAUAGGAAUGUCUGUCUAGUUUAGAAGAAGAUUCUUGGUUUGACAGUCGAUCUGAAAAAAGAGGUCUUUUUCUGUUUUUCGAGUCAAUGAGAGCAUGAUUUAACGUUGCCAUUUUUCUUCCCGUUUUUUAGCGUAUAUGUGCAAUCUCCUUCCCUAUUUCUAUUUAUCCCUUCCCUUUGCUACUUUUUUUGUAUAUGAUAGUUACCGACAGUGUAUAUUUUUAAUACCUAUUUGUUGUAUAAUAUAAAACUACAUUGAGAGUAUGCAUAGAAAUACUGACAAUGCAAACGAGAGUAAUUAUGAGUACGACUUGCGAUAAGAUUGAGUGUGCUGUCGCGCUUAAACGAUAUACUAUGUACAUUAUAUAUAUAUAUAUAUAUAUAUAUAUAUAUAUAUAUAUAUAUAAUUUUUAUUUCGAGAAUAUUGCGAGUAGCAGAGAAAAUAGCGAGCGAAUUUCUUUACAAAAAAAGACGAUUAUUCUAACCAAAGUAUAUAUAAAUGUAAAAUAGAAUGGAUGGGAAAUUUUUUUUUGUUAUUGUUGUUGCGUUAGCAUGAACAAAUUAAAAAGUAAUAGAGAUAAUAGAAACUACGAUGUCUUUUUUUGGCAAGACGCUUCUGUAUACAUGUGUCUGUACAUAAACGAAAGAAAAAAAGGAAAAUACAUAUGAAGGAACAUAUUCACUGACAUGUGAUAUGGAUAUAUAGGCGCAUGCACACUCUGCGUGUGUGUACGUAUAUCUAUAUGUAUUUAUAUUUGUUCACUGAAGGAAAGCAAAUUAUCCACAUGGCUGUGAAAAGUGAACUAGAUUGUACCUAAGGUGCUUAGUAAUAUAUCAUGUUGUCAAAUGUAUAUAACUGAAUAAUAAUAUAUCAAUGUAAAAAUAA